GCACCUCUUCACAUGAUACUGGUGGGUAUAAAAAAAAUACUAUUUUGUUCUGAAGGCAGUGCAAGGAUUGGAGCGAUGCUCUGCAGGAUCAUGUCCGAACGAUAGACGAGCUGUGGACAGUUUUCUGAGACAUUUAUUUGGUGUUCAUCACGCACCGUAAGAUAGAAACGGGAGUUGAACCUGGGGUGACGCGUUCGUGGCGACGUUGGCUCGACAGAUACAAGCAGACAUGGCCAGGAAGUGCUUGGAAUACUACACGCAUGUGGCUCAUUGUUGGGGGUUGGUUUGUGACCGGAAGGAAUCAGAGAAGCUGUUCUCAAAGGGCUUCGAGUGAGUCAUGGAUUGUUACUGGUCUUAUGGCAAGCGUGUCUGCUCCAAGGGAAGUGGGUUGGAACACGACGAGAAACAUGAAAGGUCUCCACUGGCGACACCAACCAAGCUGGGACGCUUCGACUUGUGUCACAGAGUGGUGCUUGCACCUCUGACCAGAUGCCGAUCCUACAACCACAUUCCGCAGCCACACGCUGCCCUGUAUUACUCGCAGCGUGCGACUCACGGGGGGCUGCUCAUCACUGAAGCUACGGGAAUUUCAGAUUGCAGCUACGGGUAUCCACACACGCCAGGGGCCUACACCGACGAGCAAGUGGAGGCUUGGAAGCCGAUUGUUAAAGCUGUGCAUGACAAGGGAGGGAUCUUCAUUUGUCAGCUUUGGCAUGUCGGCCGCGCAACUCACAAUUCAUAUCAGCCAGAUGGGGUAUUCCCAGUCUCUUCAACUAACAAAGCCAUCAAUGGCCAAUUGGUACUACCGACGGGUGAUGGAACGGCAGAGUUUUCAACACCUCGAGCAUUGGAAACCGAAGAGAUACCUCGUUAUGUGGAACUGUUUCGAAAAUCAGCUCGUAAAGCCAUCGAAGCGGGAUUUGAUGGCGUCGAGAUUCAUGGUGCACACGGCUACCUGAUCGAGCAAUUUUUGAAGAGUUCGGUUAACGACAGAACGGACAAGUAUGGAGGAUCUGUGGAGAACCGGAUGAGGUUUUUGAUCGAGACGGUGGAGGCAGUCUCGGAGGAGAUUGGUUCCGACCGUUUGGGUGUUCGAAUUUCCCCCUUCACAGACUACAACGACUCCAAAGACGACGAUCCAGUCGCUCUCGGCGUCAGCAUAGCUCAGGCUCUCAACAAAUACAAUCUCAUGUACUUGCAUUGCAUAGAGCCCAGGUUUUCACCGCAGGAAACGCCCCACAUCGAGACCGACAAAACGUUGUGGCCAGUGCGCAAAGCUUUCAAAGGGAGCUUCAUCUGCGCUGGAGGUUUUAAUCGAAAAGAAGGCAACGAUGCAAUCAGAACAGGCCGAGCCGACGCCGUGGCGUUCGGUCGGCACUUCCUCGCAAACCCGGAUCUGCCCAAGCGCCUCGCAUCCUGCGCUCCCCUCAACAAGUAUGACCGCAGCACUUUUUACACGCAGGAUCCAGUCGUUGGGUAUACUGAUUAUCCAUUUUUGGAUGAGACAGCAUGCCAGGCUUGAACGAAACAAACAAAAACUAAAACUAAAAACCCAACACCCCAACUGCACAAAGUCAUCAUUCGGAGAGUGUAUGCCUUCGUGAUUCGCAUCUCAUGUACUGUGCGUUUAGUUUUUAACUACCAUCACAGGGAACUAUGUGCAUGGACUGUAGCACUUGGUUGGCUCUUAAAGUAUUCAUAUAGAUGUGUAAGUAGCACUUCGGCGUUUACGCUGCUCGCUGUGUGUUGUCAGACGUUCCAGAAUCUGAGAUCGGCUCCAUAUGAUUUCUGAAUCCAUGGAACAUGGUCCCCGCUGGAGUUACUUUACCCAGCUGGAACCCGGAAGGUGUCAGGGACGUCGUCACGCUAGAAAAAUAAACUAUCCUCGACUUGAAUACAUAGACCGCACUCUCACUGAAAAUGUUGCAUUGUGGAACAUUAACAUUGCCAAAAGUAGUUGGAUACGUAACUAAGCAUGUACGUACUUUUUUUAACAUCAAGUACUGUUAAUUGUAUAUUA